UUUACUAGCUUUGUUUUUAACGCACUACUCAGAUAUCUCAGGUUGUGUAACCUUGAAAUUUUAGUGGCUUCCACGACUGUACUUGGAGGCCCUGGCAGUUUAGGUGCGAGCUGUACUGUAAUAGUGGUCCGUAGUGUCCAUGACAGGCAAUAACACACUAUCCUAAAAAACAUUGACCUUGAAGAUGGAGACUGAGGAGCUGUCAUAUGAUCUAGCAAGAGUGCUUGGCCAAGGUAAUUAUGGAGUUGUAUACGAAGCUAUUGUCAGAAAUACUUCCACAAAGGUUGCAAUCAAGAAAAUGAUAUGCAAGACACCUGAACAUUCCGAACUGGCCCUUCGGGAGCUCUGGUCUCUAAAUUGCAUCAGGGGCCAGCAUCCUAAUGUAGUUUUUUUAGAGGAAUGCAUCGUGCAAAAAGAUGGAAUACUGCAAAAGAUUACACGAGACUAUAGUGCUCCAUUAUACUUAGGGCUGGUAGAAAGCUCACUAAAGGGUGCAAUUGCUUUUUAUCCAAGAAGUUACUACUGUGUAUGGUUCGUAAUGGAGUUUUGUGAAGGUGGCGACAUGAACAAAUAUCUACUAUCUAGGGAGCCUAAUCGCAAAACCAACAAGAGUUUUAUGCUACAAAUGAGUAGUGCCGUAGCUUUUUUGCACAGAAAUAAAAUUAUACACAGAGAUCUAAAACCAGAAAAUAUCUUGGUUUCACCAAGCAAGCUAGACAAAAGUGAAUUUGAACCUACAAUAAAAGUGGCAGAUUUUGGUUUGAGUAAACUUUGUGUGCCCACUCCCCAGAAUCCACAUGAACCUGUAAAUCUAAACCAAUGUUUUAUUUCCACCCCAUGUGGAACCCAAUUUUACAUGGCCCCUGAAGUUUGGGAAGGCCGUUACUCGGCAAAGACUGACAUUUUUUCCCUGGGCGUUAUUAUCUGGGCAAUGCAAGAGAGACUCACCUUUUUCAAUCAUGAAACCAAAAAAGAACAUUUAGGAAGCUACAUCAAGAAUGGAAAUCAUGUUGUCCCAAUUGGAAAGGCACUGAGAGAAAAUCCGAAUCUGGAGCUGGAAAUUCCUUCAAAGAACAAACACAUGAAUGUAAGAAUCAAGAAGCUGAUUAAGCAAAUGCUAGCGGUUAAUCCUCAACACCGUCCAGAUGCCGCCGAAGUGGAGUUCAGACUGAUGAAAAUGUCAUACAGAGAUAGUCGCUGA